AUGGCCCGCACUACAAGAUCAGCUAUCUCCAUUCAACACAAGUCUAAAGGUCUGGCAACCAACACAAAAGAUCAUGAACAUGAUACCAAAAUGUCGUCGAAAGCCGAUACAAACCAGGAAGAUUCGAACAGCAAAGAAUUGCCCAAGUCGUUGUCCGUAGCUGAUGAAACCAAAAGCAAUGAUGAAUACUACAGCCUCAAAAUGCACCGUGAAGGACCUAAUACUGAGAGUGGCGAAUUGGACUCUAAAUCACAAUCUAAAGAAGUCAAGGACCAUAAUAAAGCCAUGGGUAACCGGUAUGAUAAACGCCGAAUUGUCUGA